UAAAAAAAACAUUGUCAUUCUUGCUGAAGAUUCAACUUUAAUAACAAAAAAUAAUUAAAUAUAACGACUUUCGAUGCUGCAGUUAAAAGAAAAUAAAACUACCAAUGACUUCGAUGGAUACACAGUUAUUAUUCCCAGCAUUUGCGUGGGAAACGCCGCUCAAUUGGCCUGUGAUUUGUUAAUAUCUUCGAAAAAUCUUAAGCGGGUCGGUUCUAUACAUCAUCCAGCUUUGAUUCCUGUAUACGGUCCAUCAGCAUAUCAACAUGAACCACAAGAGAAAGUAGCAGCUUGUGAACUUUAUGAAAGCAGCGACGAUAAGUUGUUAGUUUUUCAAUUCCGUUCACCCUUCAUCUCUCGACACAUUACUGACUUUCACAAUGAGUUGGCCAAAAUUGUGGAAAAGGCAGGCAGAGUUGUGAUACUUAGCGGUAGCUUUGGUUUUGAGAAACGCACAAUUGAGGCUUGCCCCUAUGAGUACAAGGCAAGCGAAAAUUUCAAGGAAACCCAUCAGGAACAAUUAAAUUUGGUGAAAUGGAAAGAAUUUCAGGGAGAAACGAUAUUUGGUGGUGGUAAUGCGAUGCAGUUGUUGCGUGUUUUGGAUGAGAAGAAAAUUCCCGUUAUGCUGCUAUUCCGCUACUUGCUGGAAGGUGACAAUUCAACCGAUGCUACAUUAAUCAUCAGGGAACUGAGUGAACUUUGUGAUGGAUUUUUAGGUUUUAAGACUGAUAAGGGAGGCAUUAAAUUGACUGUGCCCAUUUCAUGGAAACUAUUAUUUGGCAAUGAUAUACCAGAACUUAUAUUUUAAGAAAUUUUUUUAUAACAUUAAUGGUUUUGGUUUCUCAAUGUAAAAUAUCUAUUUGUUAUGCGUGAUUUAUCGUAUACAAAGCGAAUAAAUGGCUGGAAGUAUGGUAAAUUGUAACAAUUUCAAUAAACAUAUAUUUGUAUUCAUCCUGUAA